CUGCAGAGCAAUAGAAUAACGAUGAUUGGUAGCCGACAAAGUUUCUUCAGUAUAAAUAUCAGAGGACCCCAAUGAUUUCCGUCUACUCACUCGUAUAUUCAUCCACCCAUUCCCCCUUCCUAAUCCAGGGUUGAUCGAUUCUCAUCUCUGUUUUUCAGGUGAACUAUAUCCUGUUUUGCUUCUAAGGUCUUUAAGGUAGUAUUUGAUUGGUUCCAAUAUAAAGGACAGGGAAUGCAGAAAGAUGUGCUUUCCCGCUAGGAAGUGUUUCUGCAAGUUUGGCGAGGUUAGAGCUCCAUUUGAGCCUUCCUCAAAUACCCUUGAUGAGAUUGGUAUAGCAAUCUUCCCCCGCCUCGGAUUCUUCCACCAAAUCUCACCUUGUCCUUGUAAAGAUUUUGGGGGUCAAGUUGUGUCCUUCCACGAUCUCUGUGAAGACGGUUAAACCUCUGAAAAGUAGUUUGGAGUUUGGUUUUGGGAGAAUUGAGAUGGAGAGUAAAGGGGGGAGUGUGCUGAUGGAAAGGUACGAGUUAGGGAAACUGUUAGGGCAGGGGACCUUUGCCAAGGUCUACCAUGCGAGGAAUCUGAAAACCGGGACCAGCGUGGCCAUCAAAAUCAUUGACAAGGAGAAGAUAUUCAAGGGUGGGAUGAUGGAACAAAUCACCCGGGAGAUUUCUGUGAUGAAAAUGGUCAGGCAUCCAAACAUAGUCCAGCUGUACGAGGUUAUGGCCAGCAAGACAAAGAUUUACUUUGUCAUGGAAUAUGUUAAAGGCGGCGAGCUAUUCGGCAAGGUUGCUAAAGGGAAGAUGAAGAGCGACGUGGCGAGGAAAUAUUUCCAGCAGCUGAUUAGCGCGGUCGACUUUUGUCACAGUAGAGGCGUUUAUCACAGGGAUCUGAAACCAGAGAACCUUCUCCUGGAUGAAGAUGGAAAUCUCAAGAUCACUGACUUCGGUUUGAGUGCUCUAUCAGAAUCUAAGCGCCAAGACGGUUUGCUUCAUACCAUAUGUGGGACCCCUGCCUAUGUUUCUCCGGAAGUGAUUAACCGACUAGGCUACGAUGGAGCCAAAGCUGAUAUCUGGUCUUGUGGGGUCAUCUUGUAUGUUCUCCUGUCCGGGUAUCUCCCAUUCCAAGACCAAAAUCUGAUGGAGAUGUACAGGAAGAUAUGCGAGGCCGAGUUUAAGUACCCAAAGUGGUUCUCUUCGAAUGCUUGCAAGCUGAUUGCAAAAAUAUUGGAUCCAAACCCGAACACGCGGAUCUCAAUCUCCAAAAUAAUGGGAAAUUGCUGGUUCCGGAAGGGCUUGCAUCCCAAAACAUUGAAAUUGAGUGAGGACACGAAAGAGGAAGGGGCAGAAGAAGUCGCAAAGAAGCUAACAAACAUGAACGCGUUUGACAUUAUUUCUUACUCGUCGGGGUUUGACUUGUCGGGGUUGUUUGAGGUGGGAAGAAUGGGGGACGAGAAGAGAGAGUCGAGGUUCACAUCCAUGCAACCUGCAAAAACCAUCAUCUCAAAGCUAGAAGACACAGCCAAGCAGCUAAAGCUGAAAGUUACAAAGAAGGAAGGGGGUUUUCUGAAAUUGGAGGGAUCGAAACUGGGAAGGAAAGGGGUUUUGUCCAUUGAUGCUGAAAUCUUUGAAGUGACACCGGCCUUUCACAUGGUCGAGAUGAAGAAGUCCGAUGGGGACACGCUCGAGUACAAGAAGAUGAUGAAGCACGAAAUAAGGCCAGCAUUGAAAGACAUCGCCUGGGUUUGGCAAGGUGAUGAGCUCAAAGGUGAUCGUCCCGACUUGAACACUAAUAAUUCUUAUCCCCCUUGCAUUGGUUGUUGAUCUAUCAAGUUAAAUGGCUGAUUAUGUUUAACCUUUCUAUCUUUAGUGCUUCCCAAUUCUUUUGUCACUGGACUAUGCUUCAAAUUCACUAAUGGUCAUUAUGGUCUUGUAUGGAACAUGAGGUUUGGGCCUUGACUCUGUAAUGGUUCUUUUUGUCUGGCUAACAACUAUAAAGAGUUCAAGUAAAUGAUGUGCAAGUACAGUGAUAUAGUUCGCCUUCUUGCACAAAUAAUUCGUCCUUUUGUUA